AAGUGUUGUUAUUCUAAUAAUAUUUUACUGAUUUCGUCAUCGCAUCACCGACAUCGACGAGUGGUAACGAUUCCGUCAACUACAACUGUAUCGCGGCGGUGGCCGCGUCAUAACUGCGAUUCUCGUUCACCGCAGAUUACUGAGCGAUUAGCCUCGAGGCACUUGCUCCUAGCCGUAGUAUAUAAAUCACUCGACGGCGUGAGGCCAAAUCCAAUCGCCGUCAUGUCGCCGACCCGUCGUCUUUGUGUCAUCGUCAUCCUCUGCUCUGCGACGGCGCUGACCACGGGUCACGCGACGCCACCACCGCCGACUCUCUUUCGUGCGGCCAACAUACUGGCCGUGGAAACCGUGCCGGGUCGGAGCCACUGGAAUUUUAUGAGCGCCGUGCUGCGGGCGCUCACUGACCGGGGCCACUCCGUGGUGGCGUUCACGUCGUACCCGGCGCAGAAGCCGGCGUCCGCGUACGGCAAUUACACGGAAGUGGACACGUCCGCCGUUCUGCUGAGGCACGCUGGUGAACUCGCCUCCCGCGUGCUGUCCGACUACAGCCGGCUGUCGUACAUCGUGCCGUCCGUGGUCCGGUGGAGCAGACAGUUCUGCGACGCGGUGUACGAUAUGGAACAGAUCCGCGCGCUCAUGGUCAACGGCACUGACACUGCGGCCCGAUUCGACCUGCUGGUCACCGAGCCGCUGGGCUCCGAGUGUGUGGCACACCUGGCCGCGGCCAUUGGGCUGCCCAUGGUGUACGUGGUACCGACGCCCAUGAUCACGUACAUGCAACCGUCCAUCGUCGGCCACUCGGCCAACCCGGCGUACGUGCCGCACCUGCUCUACGGCUCGGCUGUCCGGGCGUUCCGUCACAGAUUAGUCAACACGGCCAUGUACGCCUAUGGACGGCUUGUCCGGUGGUACGCCGAGCUCACGGCCCUGCGGCGUCCGUACGACGUCGACGAGCCAGCCAAACCAUCAGUCGUGUUUGUCAACAGUCACCACGUCACAGAGCCAACCAUGUUACUGCCCACCAACGUCAUACACGUUGGUGGAAUACACUUGGACUCGAACGGCAGCGCACUACCGACCAAUAUCCUUGAAUUUAUUGAAAAUUCCCCAGAUGGUGUUAUUUAUUUUACUUUCGGAUCAGUCAUAGCCAUGUCAAGUUUACCAGACCAUAUUCAGGAUACAUUUAAAAACGUAUUCCGACAGAUUCCUCAAAGAGUAUUGUGGAAAUAUGAAGGUGAAAUGGAAGACAAACCGGACAACGUGAUGACAGGCAACUGGUUUCCUCAACGUGACGUCCUGUUGCACCCUAAUGUCAAAUUGUUCAUAAGUCAUGGCGGGAUAUCUGGCGUGUACGAAGCAGUGGACGCGGGUGUUCCGGUUUUGGGAUUUCCGCUUUACUACGAUCAACCGAGAAACUUGCAAAGUCUAGUGGACGCAGGUAUGGCGAUCACAAUGGAAUUAUUGUCGAUCACCGAACAACGAUUUCUACACUCCAUCAAAGAGCUUUUACACAACACAAACUACAAAAAAAAUGCUUUAAUUACCGCGGACCGUUUCAAAGACCGCCCGAUGACGCCUCAAGAGUCUGUUGUCUACUGGACGGAGUACGUGCUUCGUCACAAAGGUGGCCACCACUUGAAAUCCGAAGCACUGAACCUCACGUGGUAUCAAUACAUGUUACUGGAUGUCAUUUUUGUCGUUGUCGUGUCGUUCUUGAUCGUAGUGUACUUGGUUUAUAAGACGUCUAGAUUAUUUUAUUCAUAUGUUUCGAAUUACUUGAUUAGAGCCAAAGCUAAGCAACAAUAGGUACCUAUGUAUAAUUACUUAGAUAAAUUGUUCGGAAAAUGACAAAUGAUGUUGAGACACCUAUUUGUAACCGCCGUAUUAGAUGGCAUGCGUAACAACAACUGUCAAAAUCAAUCAUUGAUCUCUGUCCCACACAGUCACACACUCGUUUAGAUUUAUUUAUAUACACUAUUAUUUUAAGUAUAGGAAAAUACUUUAUUGAGUAAUGAAAUAUUUUAUGUACUCACCGUAUAAUGCAACUACCGUUCUCCCGUCUCCGUUCUUACUCGUCUGUCGUCAAUAUUAAAUAUUGUGCACUAUGAUUAUAAUACGUAAUACGUAAAUAUGUCUAAACAAGGAACAGUAGUUACCUAAACUUAGGUACCUAAGUAGGAAUAACAUGUAUAACUACCGAGAUUUCUAAUGAAAAUCAUAGAGAACAAUAUAAUUCAUGCCUUGUCAGAAUCUUUAAAAUUAAAAAAAAUUGUAUAGCACUAUAGCUAAUAGGUACCUACUUUAAGUAUCUUUAUUUUUAAUCCUCGCUAACAUUGGACUACCUACAUGGCUCAGGGUAUAUUUUUUACACUAAUUUUGAACAUUUGCUUAGUUAUUGACUAUUGUUAAAAUAAGUAGAGUAUAAUAUAGGUAGAUAUGUCAUACGACAUACAGAUAUAUAGCUGUUCUGUACAUGGGAAAUUAUCUAAGUAUAGUUUUUUAAUUAAUAUACAAAGUUUAAUUUGUCAAAGGUAGAAGCAAUCAAUAUAUUAUGGUUAUUAGUUGAUAAUCAGUACAUAAUGUAUAUAGAUUAUGUAUUUUUACUUAAAGUAUUAUAUGAUUACCAAUAGAAGUAUAGAACCUAGUGUCCAAACUCCUAACUGUAUAAAAAAAGUACCUAUAUAAUUAUUUUAUGAAAUUGUGAUGAUUUUAAAUCUUCAGUUUACCUAAUGGAGAAUUUAUUAUUAAUUUAUACUACUUGAUAAUUAAUUGUUUUAUACUUGUU